UAAUGGACGACAGUCUUAAAUUGCGUAUAUGCUUUAUAGUUGUUGAUCUUUUUUACCUGAAUGUUUCAUUUGCGUUGCAUUUGGAAAGCGAAUUUAAAAAAUGAAAUACUUUUAUUAUAAUUAUCAUUAUAAAAAGGCUUUCUCUGCCUUGGUCAACCGACGAUUAUUUUCAUCAAAUUCGAUGCGGGAAGAAUGGAAAAAGAUGGCCACCAAACAGAUGAAGGGCAAAGAUCCCGACACAUUGAUUUGGAAAACAUAUGAAAAUAUUCAUCUAAAACCAGUAUAUUUUAGUGAAGAUCGAAAACAUGACCCACAGGAUGAACUACCGGGAAAGUAUCCUUUUACACGAGGACCAUAUCCAACUAUGUAUGCACAAAGGCCAUGGACUAUACGUCAAUAUGCUGGUUUCAGUACGGUAGAAGAAAGUAACCGAUUCUAUCGUGAAAAUAUUAAAGCUGGUGUACAAGGUUUAAGUGUUGCUUUCGAUCUUGCUACACAUCGUGGCUAUGAUAGUGAUGAUAUUCGCGUACAAGGAGAUGUCGGUAUGGCUGGUGUAGCUAUUGAUAGUGUGGAAGAUAUGAAAAUGUUAUUCGAUGGGAUUGAUUUGAAAAAUAUAUCCGUUUCAAUGACAAUGAAUGGUGCAGUAAUACCAUGUAUGGCAUUUUUCAUUGUAGCCGGUGAAGAAUCAGGUGUAGAGAUGAAAUAUCUAUCUGGAACGAUUCAAAAUGAUAUUCUCAAGGAAUUUAUGGUUCGAAAUACGUAUAUCUAUCCUCCUGAGCAAUCUAUGAGAAUAAUUGGCGAUAUAUUCUCAUAUACAUCAAAAAAUAUGCCAAAAUUUAAUUCUAUUUCUAUUUCAGGAUAUCAUAUACAAGAAGCUGGUGCGAAUAGUUUAUUGGAAUUAGCAUACACCAUUGCUGAUGGUCUUGAAUAUUGUCGUACUGGUGAGAAGGCCGGUUUAAAAAUUGAUGAUUUCGCUCCUCGUCUAUCAUUCUUUUGGGGAAUCGGAAUGAAUUUUUACAUGGAAAUUGCUAAAAUGCGUGCCGCUCGAAGAUUAUGGGCGCAUUUUAUUACUAAAUACUUUCAGCCAAAAAAUCCAAAGUCAUGCAUGUUGCGUACGCAUUGUCAAACAUCAGGAUGGUCGCAAACUGAACAAGAUCCAUACAAUAAUAUUGUACGUACAACCGUUGAAGCUUUGGCAGCUGUAUUUGGUGGAACCCAAUCCCUACACACGAAUGCAUUCGAUGAAGCGCUUGCUUUACCUUCACGAUUCAGUGCUCGAAUCGCUAGAAAUACUCAGAUCAUAAUUCAAGAAGAAACCGGCAUUCCUAAGAUUAUUGAUCCAUGGGGAGGUUCGUAUAUGAUGGAAAGUUUAACCGAUGAAUUAUAUACUGAAGGACGAAAAAUUAUUGAAGAAAUCGAAGAAAUGGGAGGUAUGUCAAAAGCUGUUGGUCAAGGUAUACCAAAAAUGCGAAUCGAAGAAUGUGCCGCAAUCAAACAAGCGCGUAUUGACUCUGGUCAAGAGGUAAUUGUCGGGGUAAAUAAAUAUAGAUUGGAAAAAGAAGAGGCAAUCGAUGUGCUUAUGAUUGACAACAAACAAGUGCGUGAAGCCCAAAUCGCUAAAUUAAAUCAUAUUAAAGCCACACGUGAUGAAGAAGCCUGUCAAAAAUCUUUGGAUGCUUUGACUGAAGCUGCCAAAGGUGAUGCCAAUGUUUUAGAAAAGGCAGUUGAAUGUGCUAGAAAUCGAGCUACAUUGGGUGAAAUUUCUAUGGCAAUGGAAAAAGUAUUCGGCAGAUAUACAGCUGUUGAUCGUUUAGUCAGUGGUGCAUAUUAUAAUGCAUAUUCAGAAUCGGAUGUAUUGAAAAAAAUUCAGGAUAAAAUCAAAGAAUUUGAAGCCGUUGAAGGUCGUAGACCACGUAUAUUAGUAGCCAAAAUGGGACAAGAUGGUCACGAUAGAGGUGCAAAAGUAGUUGCUACUGGUUUUGCUGAUGUUGGUUUUGAUGUUGAUCUUGGGCCAUUGUUUCAAACACCAGAAGAAGCCGCUCAACAAGCGGUUGAUGCUGAUGUUCAUUGUGUGGGUGUAAGUAGCUUGGCUGCUGGCCAUAAAACUUUAGUACCAUUAUUAGCUGAAGCAUUGAAAAAACUUGGUCGAGAAGAUAUCAAAAUAAUUGUCGGUGGAGUCAUUCCACCACAAGAUUAUGAUUUUCUUUACAAAGCAGGUGCUGCAGCUAUAUUCGGUCCUGGUUCACCAAUUCCACAUUGUGCAAUAAAAACAUUAGAAGUUAUACAAGAAUCUCGUAACAAAAAUGAUAAAAAUGUUGCCGCUUCUAAUUAACACAUAUAGAUUCAAUUAUAAUACUCAUCAAAAUUGUCGAGCUGCAUUAAUAUUUUUUUUUAUAA